GCACUUGAGAAGCUUGGAGUAAGGAGCAGCCGGGGCAAAUAAAGUUUAUCAGCCGAUAAGGUUUAAUUUUGAACUUUACCACAGAGGACUCACAUAGGCUACCAAGCUUGUCAGGAUGAACUUCUUGCAUUUGGUGGCUUGUGGACUUAUUAUCACCUUGCUGUCAGUUAAGACUGGGGCAAAACCUUUAACACAGGCGCAACAGAAGUCUCUUAGAAGUUUGCUGGGGGAAGAGUUGGCGGAGUUUCUGGAGUCGGAUGAACAGGAGAGGAGGCUGGAGACUGUCCGUUCUCGAGUACGCUUGCUUCGAGAUCUGCGCAUGGACACUCGCGCCAAGGGGAUGUGGGCGCGCCUGCUGAACGACCAGCCAAGCGGGCGGAGACACAAACAGAGCACCAAGAAAGGAGGGGCCGGGUCCCGGAACGGGAGUGGAUGCUUCGGACACAAGAUGGACAGAAUAGGCACCAUUAGCGGCAUGGGCUGUUAGGAGAUGGAGCAAUCAAUAGUGUGGACAGUUCUGACGAUGGGUUAGGACAACUUGGAUUCAGUUUGUCCUCACCUGAGGGAAAGUGAUGGAUUUUUUGGUACGAAAAGCCACCAUGACCAGCAUUGACGAGGACUGAGACAACAGCGCUAGAAAACCCAUAUGUACAACAUAAAAAGACCAACACACACACAUACACCCACACACUACAAGAUGGAGGACAAUGGUGUAAAAAACACAAACUGCAAAGCUGUAUAUUGUUGCUGCUGCUGUACAUUCAUGUACUUCAUUCCUGCAUAAAUGUAUUUAUGUUAAAAAACAAACAACUAUUUAUAUGUUUAUAAAAGAGAUAUUUAUAAAUAUGAGUUUUAUUUAUGUAACAUUUGGAAAAUGGAUGAAAACUGCAGGUCAAUCCGUUUGUAACUUUUUUUUUUGUCUUAAAUAGUUGUAAAUGUUUUCAAAAUGAUAAAAAAAAACAUUCCAUGUG